AUAAACGCCAUUUUGGAUCGUCGAACGUUAAGCGAUUAGUACGGGAUUUACGUCGUUCCUCGUAAUUACAGGAAAUUAUUCCUCGGCCAAGGACGUAUACAGAGCUUGUUAAAACGUGUUUGUUAAAGGACAAAGAAAAAGCCAAAAGGUUUCUCCGAAGCGAACGUUCUUUUUCCUAUUCACGUAUAAAAAUGAUCAUUAUAAUCGCGUCGCGAGAUAAGAAAUAAAUCGAGUGUUGGAUCGUUCAAAUCGAAAUGAAAAUCGUGCAGUAGAAGCAGUGCUUGUUCGUUUAUUAUAUUUCUUUGUUUUCUUUUACUUUUUUUUUAUUUUUUUUUUUUUUAUUUUUUUUUUUUAUAAUUUCAGUCAAUAGAUAUAUAAAUUCGCGAAGUGGUAGAGUCAGUGUUUUUGUUACGUUCCCGGAGGAUACUCAUCGUGGAAACUUCGAGGUUGACUUUAAAUAACGUCGUUGCAUACAUGCGCGAUGCAGAAUCGAGUAAAUCGUGUGUUGUUUCGUUUAAAUAGAAGGGGGAAAAAAAAAAAAAAAAAAAAAAAAUAAAGAAAUGAAAAUUAAAAAAAAAAAAGAAAGGCUCGCGAGGUAGAAGCAAGUGUUGUUUGGUCAUUAUAAUAUAUUUCGCGUUAUCGCGAUUAAAAUGAUUUUUAAGGAACCACCACACCCACCAUUGUGUGUAAUUAUAAUCGACUGCGCGCAAUGCAGUCAAUUGCGUAGGAGUUCAAUAUUUUUCGUACAUACAAGUUUUCUUAUUAUUAUUAUUAUUAUAAUUAUAUGUAUUUUUUUUAAACAGUCUCACCAGUAAAUUAUUGUUAAUUAUAUUUAAUGAUAAUAAUUAAAUAAUAGAAAGGAUGAGCGUAUUAAAUUCAGUGACCGACCAUCGUCUCUCAUUAAUUAAUAAAUAAUUAUCGCGAAUUAGAGUCAGUGCAUCAAUGAAGAUGAGUUUCAACCAAACGUCAUUAUGUCUGUCAACUUCAUUGUCAAACGCCUACGUAUACAUCCAUCCUCGAUUUUGAUCUACGUCGUGGGAAUGAGUGUUCUGGAGCCAUCAGAGAACUUCUUCAAAGUAUUGUAGAUACAAAUGGGUACAUUAUCCUCAUGGUCCUGAAAGAUGUCAUUGGCAACCAAAUAUGAUAACAAUUGGUAGAGAUUUAGAUGGCAUGAAUCUUGUAGUUGGACGUGCCAGACAUAACGGCGAUGUUUUACCGGCUAAAGUAAAACCCGAUCAUAGUGUUGCUUACGUCUGUCAUGAUGGCAAUGAACACAUGAAACAUGAAUUUGAGAUUCUAAUGCCAGCGGAUUUCAAAUGGAUCCCAUCGGGUCAUGGACAUGUUCCUGAAAAUGCUGUUGAAGCUGGUAGAACAAUUAAUGGUGAAGUUCUUUACGUUGGUCGUACUUAUCAUAAUGGUAUCCCUUGUGUUGGAAAGGUGCAAAGAAGCCAUGGGGUUUUGUAUAUACCAUAUGACGGACAGGAAAUACCUUUCAGACAAUACGAAGUACUCGUGCAAAGUUAAUUCCAAUAUUUUAAUAUAUAUAUUCGUUUAAUCAUUUCGAUCAGUGAAAUAUAUAUACAUAUAUUUUUUUUUUCCCCCCCUUUUUCUUUUACUUCUUAUCCCUUCGUAACGUGCGAUAAUAAUAAAAGACAAGAAUGGGAGAAAAAUUCCGAUGGUGUGAUUUUAUUUAAAAAUGUAAAAAAAAAAAAAUCGAAAAAUUGAGAGGGGAUGAUCGACGAUCGUCACGUUAUCUGCCAUUGCCCAAGUAACUUCUAACGAUGUGUUUAGUAUGCGAAGAAAAGUAAUUUAUCAUCCCCCUUACUCGACUGCGGGAAAACGCUCUCUCUCUCUCUCUCUCUCUCUCUCUCUCUCUCUCUCUCUCUUAUCUCUUAUUUCUGUCUUCCUUUCUCUCCUUGCAUGUAUGUGUAUGUGUAUGUGUAUAUAUAUAUAUAUAUGUUUAUUGUUUCUGAUGUUCCUUUAACGAGUACGAAGAAUAACUAUUAUUAAAUUCAUCUUUAGUUUUAAUAUAUAUAUUUUAAUAUAAAUAUAUAUAUAUAUAUAUAUAUAUAUAUAUAAAUAAUGGGACGUUAAAUCGAUCGAUUAUAUUAUUCGUUCAUAAUUUAAUAAAUAUCAUUUCAAAGAUAUACUUUUUAAAUCGUCCAUAAUUAUUUAUUUAAGGAUCUUCUCUACGUAAGAAUUUUAAUGUGAUCGACGAAAUGUUUUUCGAUCGAUUUAAAAUAUCAAUUAGGUAUUGAAUUUUUUUUUUUUUUUUUUUUUUUUUUGAACCUAACGAUCCAAAUAAACGCACGAUUAAAUUUAUCAUUUGUAUUAUAUUGACGAAUAUUGACAAUAAGUGAAAUUAUUUAUGUGAAUGAUCUAAUCGAUUUUUAAAUAUAUCAUUGAGAAACUCCUUAAUAUGGUUAAUUAUGAUUUCAUCGAGUAUAUAAUAUUAUUGAUCAUUAAUAAUGACGAUAUAUAGCAUGAAUUCGAAUAUGUUAUAAUGUUAUAUUAUAUAAAUAUAAAGUGUACGAACUGAGGAAGAAAGAAAGAAAGAAUGAAAAAAAGAGAACGAAAAAAAAAAAAAGAAGAGAAGGGAAAGAAAUCAAAUUGAAAAGUGAUCAUCGAUGAUGAUCGAUCGAUCCUAUAUGACCCUCCAUCGAUCAUCGAUUUAAUAAAGUGAACAAAAUAAAAAGAGUGUCAAGUGAAUAAACUACGAUCGUUCGUAAUAUUAACAAUUGAUUUUUAUUUAUUCAAUAAUCCAAUCUAUUUAAUUAAUUAUAAUCUAUUAAUACACAUACACAGAGAUACAUACACAUAUAGAGAAGACGUACAUACAUAUACAUAUUGAGAAGAAACCAUUCAAAAUUGAGUACUAAGACACAAGGAUACCAAAAAAAAAAAAGAAAGGAAAAAAAAAGAAAAAAAAAAAAAAGAAAAGAAAAGAAAAGAAAAGAAAGAAGGAAGAGAAAAAAAGAAAAAAAAAAAAAAAAGAAGAAGAAGAAGAAAAAGAGAAAGUAAAAGAAUCCCCAAGGAUGAAAAAAGAAAUCUUUCGAUCAUUAUUGGAAGGAUAAAACGAGGAGUAAAAA